ACACAAAGUCGCACCAGUUCGAACAAUCAGCUGCCAUCCUACGAGCUGCCCACUUUCUCCCUAAACCCUGCCGCACAACGUGCUCUUGCUGACUUGGCCGCGCGCAACCAACACCUGACCAAGCUUGACAAGCACAUUGACGAGGCGCAGUCGGCAAUCGGUAACUGCGCGGCAGAGAUCAAUGACCGGCUACGCGCGAAGCGUGACCAACGGCCGAGGAAGCGUCGACGCGAUGCUGCCGAAGCCAGCACGCCGGAGAGCGGCCAGGGCAGCGACGACGAGCAUCUGCGCAGCCUGGCUGAGCUGGAGGAUAAGGUGGUUCGGAUGACGCAGCGGAUGGAGGAGAGCAUGCGCAAGAUGAUCGACGGCAAGUACGGCGUGGAGCAGAUCAAAGACAGCCUGAAUGAAGCAAUGAGUGAGGCCAGAGCCAAUGCAAAUACGCAGGCUAGCACGCAGCAGCUGCCUUCACAACGCCGAUCGCGAAGGAUUGCGGGCUCGGACGACGAAGGAGACAACCACGAAGAUGAAGAGUACCCAGAGAUCACGCCUACUGAUCCAACGAGCGGCACCCAGCGGCCAAGCGCUCCCAGUGAGAGUUUCAGAAACAAACUAGAAGAUGCGAAGACGCGUUAUCAGAGUCACAGCCUGUACAACCGCUACGCGGAGAACAACGACUACGUCGAUUUCAAGCGGUUAGUGCACGACGCGCAACAAGGAGGUGACGACAAAGUUCCCGUCCCCGAAAAGCGCACCUGGUUUCAGGAGUUUGAAGCUCCACCGCCAGGCGUUACGACACAUGCACAAGACGAAGAAGAAGACGACGAUGAUAUUGCAAUCUCACGCGCUACGAUCAGCACCAAAUGUCCGCUGACACUGCAAGAGUUCCGCGAUCCUCUGACUUCCAGAAAGUGCAACCACAGCUUCGAGGCCAGCGCGAUCACAGAACUCUUACGCGGCAAGCAAAGCGUGCAAUGCCCAUGUGGCGGGUGUCAGCAAAUGCUGGCCAGGGACGAUUUGCACCGUGAUAAGGUGCUCACCCGCAAGAUCAAGCGCUUACAGCACGCUAAACAGCUUGAGGAGGAGGAU